ACCCCUCCUCCCUCCUCACCGCCAACAACACCUACACCGACUGGACCGUUAACACCCGCGCCACCAAGCACAUCCUCGGGCGCCCUUACCAGGUCAUCAUUUUCGACGGGCCUUUCAAUCCGGAUCGUGAGUGUUGCUUUCUUCCUUCUAUUCCUUCACCACGGUCUCCCCCCUUGCUCAAGCACACCGUGGACCCUCCUCCCCUUUCUUAUUGUAUCGCACCUCCGGACACAUUUUUAUUUCCCCAAAAUGGGAAUUACCCAGUUCACUAAAAUCCACCACAGGACUUCAUGCAAGGCGAAAUCCCCUCCCUCGAACCAGAGCACAUAGUCCCCCACCUAAAAGACCACCUGCACUGGCGUGUGCUGGUGGAAGGGGGUGUGGAUGAGGAGGUGCCGGGGUUGGUGGUGUGCGUUUCGUCGGCGGAGAGUACGGAUGGGAGGCCGGCGGGGUUGAAUGUUGGGGAGGAGGCUUAGGGGGUGGGGAGUUGAGCUAUGGUGUUGAAUGAAGAGGCUGACAUUUGGCUUACACUUGAGAUAGAACCUAGCUAUAGUGCUGCACUGCAGACUGUUGAAAUGACAUGGGAAAUACCG